AUUUUAAGUUGAUCACACUGUUGAAGAACAUGCGGUGUGAUCCUAACCUGACAUAUAUUUGACUACAUAGAAUUUGUUCGUAACAUAUUUGUUGCAUAUUGUUUGUUGAUAAUUUUUGAGUAAUACGUUUGCUGUAACACAUCUCUGGCACAAUGGGUAAAACACAUACCACUACUAAAGCCCCUCGGAAGCAGGGCUUUAAGCGCUCGGGACACAGUAUGAAUCCUGAGCGUCCUACGGAGGGACUGAAGGGAGUCGCCAAGGUGCGGACGAAAGCGACGAUCAAAAGGUUGCAGAUGUACCGCAAUCAGAGGCCGAAGCGCGAUCGUACCGGGAAGAUUAUUAGCCCCGCGCCGUUUCAAGGCUGGAAUACUUCUGGGACCAUGUCGCGCGUGGAGCCGUCGCAAAGGUGGUUCGGUAACUCAAGAGUCAUCUCGCAGAACGCUCUGCAAAAGUUCCAGAAUGAAUUGGGAACCGCGAUGAAGGAUCCCUACAAGGUCGUCAUGAAACCCACUCAGCUGCCCGUCACUUUACUUCAGCAGAAGGCGGCCAACGCAAGAGUACACCUGUUGGAUACCGAGAGCUUCGAGAGCGUUUUUGGCCCGAAGAAGGUCAGGAAGCGGCCGAAUUUGUCAGCGACGUCGUACGACGAUUUGAAGAAGUCGGCUGAGAACAAGGAGGACGAUUACAACAAGGAGAAAGACACCAAGGACCUCGACCUCGUUCGCGAGGACACUGGUGUGAGGGACGCGCAGAGAGACUGGGUCAUGGCGGCGGGACAGAGCAGGAGGAUCUGGAACGAGCUGUACAAGGUCAUUGACUCCUCCGACGUCAUUUUACAGAUACUGGACGCGAGGGACCCGCUGGGGACCAGGUCUCCGCCCGUGGAGAAGUACUUGAAAACCGAGAAGCCAUACAAGCACCUGAUGUUCAUCCUGAACAAGGUGGAUCUGGUGCCGACGUGGGUCACGCAACGGUGGGUGGCGAUUCUGAGCAAGGAGUACCCGACGGUCGCCUUCCACGCCUCCCUCACGCAUCCCUUCGGCAAGGGCUCCCUGAUCAAUCUGCUGAGGCAGUUCGCGAAAUUGCACGUCGACAAGAAGCAGAUCAGCGUCGGCUUCAUAGGGUAUCCCAACACGGGAAAGAGCUCCAUCAUAAACACCUUGCGCUCCAAGAAGGUCUGCAAGGUGGCGCCUAUUGCCGGGGAGACGAAAGUCUGGCAGUACAUAACUCUCAUGCGCCGCAUCUACCUGAUAGAUUGCCCGGGUGUGGUUUAUCCGUCGUCGGAGACCGACACGGAGAAGGUGUUGAAGGGCGUCGUGCGAGUGGAGCUCGUGCAGAGCCCGGAAGAUUACGUCGCCUCGGUCCUGGAGAGAGUGAAGCCCGAGUACAUUCGCAAGACUUACAAGAUAAACGUGUGGAUAGAUCACGUCGAUUUCUUGGAAAAGCUGGCGCGCCGGAGCGGCAAGCUUCUGAAGAAGGGAGAGCCCGACGUGGCGAUCGCCGCGCGUAUGGUGCUCAACGAUUGGCAGCGCGGCAAACUGCCCUUUUACGUGACACCUGUGGGCUACGAGGAGCCGCUGUCGAGUCAAAUGGAUGCUACGAACGAAACGGUUGCCGCGCAAGAUAGUACCUCAGAAAUAGCCAGUACUAAAGAGACUCGAGAAACUGAUAAUGCACUUGCAAAGGAGAUGAUAAAGACUCAGCCAACAGUGGUCCAAGAUUUUAGAAAAAUACGCGUUGGACUGCCUUAUUCCGGCGAGGAUGUUAAAGAUCUGGAGCAGGACGAGUCCCUCGACGACAGUCUCGCGGAGGACGACGGCAGUGCGGAGAGCGAGUCGGGAUCGGAGAACUUGGAGUCGGAAGAUGAUUCUGGCGAUUUGUCAAAGGCAGGCAAUUUGGAUGGCCAGGGCGAUAAAGAACGUUCCUCAAACGAUAACGUUAUCGAAAACGAUGACAAAGCAAAUAAAGAGUCAGAUACGAAGGAAAGCAACGAGUGUUCAGAUUCGGAAGAUCCUUUGUCUAUUGAACAAGAUAAUCUGAGGCAGAGCGCGUUUGAUGUCGUAGAUGAAUACGAUUCCAGCGAUGCCGAAAUGUUGGCUUCUAAAACUGUCUCGAGUGGCGAUGUACAAAGUGUCUUGUCGACGUCGCGCCAACAAAUAAAGGACAAAUUGACGAGCAAACAGCGAAGAGCGAUAGAACGUGCCAGCAAAAGGAAAAAGAUCGGAAGCAAUUUCUACGAAGUCACGAAUGUAAAGAACAGAAAUAAAAACAGGAAAGUCCCAAGAGUCAAGAGGAAAUAAGUGCUAGAAUAAAUUACAUUUACUUUACCCAGAUAUUUGUACAACACCAGGAAAACGAAGCGUAAAAUAUGUAUAUAUACGUAUAUUUUAUAUUUAUCACAUUGCAAAUUGUACGUUCAUUUCCUCCGCAACUGGCCUGUCCUUCUGUCGUUUUACAAUACGUAGAAGAUAAAAUAAAACAAUAUACAAC